GAGAGGAGGAGGAGGACUGGUCGAAGGACUAUACUCCAGUCUUAUGUGAAUGAGUGCUGUAAUCUACUGGACAGUCUUGGAGUCCCAUACAUUAGGAGUAAAGGAGAGGCUGAGGCUCUCUGCUCCAUUCUCAACUACACCGGCAUGGCAGAUGGUGUUCUAACCAAUGACAGCGAUUCAUUUCUCUAUGGUGCUACUACUGUCUACAGAGACCUCCAUACAACAGAGAGGAGUCCUACUGUGGAGUGCUACACUAUGAAGGACAUACAUGAAAAAUUGGCUCUGAAUCGAUCAGACCUAAUUGCACUGGCCCUUCUGCUUGGGUGUGACUACUGCCCUCAAGGUGUUGUGGGAGUGGGUAAAGAGACAGCUCUCCAGUUCCUGAGGGCCUCCAAGUCAGGUUCCCAGUCCACCUCCGAUGUCCUGGACCAGUUCCAGGAAUGGAGGAACGGCUCCAUCACGGAAGAUGACAUUGAGAGCAAAAUUCAGUUGACAGUGUUCAGGAAAGCGAUGAGUUCUCCCAACUUUCCACAGAAAGAGGUAUAUAUUAUAUACAGCUACACCACUGCUUUCACAAUCCUUCACACUAAAUAAGUUAGGCAUCUCGUCCAAAGUAUAUGAGGCAUCUUGCAUGUAACUGUAUACUAGCUUCAUACAAUGUCGGUUGCCUAGGGAUAUCCAACAAACUGUAGUACCUCGACUAUUC